AUGUGUGCCGAGCAGGAGCAAGUAAGAGACUCUGGAUUAAUGAAGGUUGCCGUCAUUGGAUCUGGGGCUAGUGGACUAACUGCUAUAAAAACAUGUCUAGACGAAGGCAUAACUCCAGUUUGCUUUGAAGAACACGAUAAUAUCGGAGGUGUCUGGAAUUACGUCCAUACAACCAAAAACUCCGGAUCUAUAUACAAGUCUACCGUGGCAAAUUCAAGCAAGGAAAUGAUGGGCUUCUCUGAUUUUCCCGUGCCGAAAGAAUUUCCAAAUUUUAUGCAUCAUUCCAAAAUACAGGAAUACUUUAAUUUGUACGCGGAAAGGUUCCAGCUGCGUCAACAUAUAAGAUUUUUUACAAGGGUGGUAUCAUGCACAACUUCAAGUGGAUUUGAUAACAAUGGCCAAUGGAAAGUAACCCAGGAAGAUGUUAAAACUGGUAAAAAAACGAUUGAAAUAUAUGACGGAGUUUUAGUAUGUGUUGGAAGACAUGCUGUUCCAUACUUUCCACUUGAAGAUUUUAAAGGAAUAGAAAACUUUAAAGGAAAAUAUAUUCAUAGUCGAGAUUAUCGAGACCCUACUGGAUACGAAAAUUUAAACGUUGUCGUCGUGGGAAUUGGAAAUUCUGGGGUGGAUAUCGCGGUUGAUCUCUGUCGACAAUCUAAACAGGUGUAUCUAAGCACACGUCGCGGAGCGUGGAUAUUUAGAAGAAUUGACAAUCAUGGUUUGCCAAGUGAGCUACAAUUUGCAAGAAAAUUCGUAACCGAUGUGAGGAAAAUAAUUCCCAGAGUAUUGUUUCAAUACAUCGGCAGAAAAGUUGUCGCUAAUCAUUUUGAUCAUGAAAAAUACGGAUUAUUGCCCGAUCAUCCCGUGUUUGCACAGUGUUGCUGCAUCAACGACGAUAUUGCUGACCGUAUGAGCACGGGAAGCAUACAAGUCAGAUCAAAUAUUGCGGAAUUCACGAAAAACAGUGUAAUUUUCGAAGAUGGAACAGAAGAAAAUAUCGAUGCUGCAAUAUUUGCUACUGGUUACUCUGUUGAGUAUCCAUUUCUGAAAUCAAUUUUACAGGUCGAAGAAAAUCGAUGCGAUUUGUUCAAAUACGUUUGGCCACCACACCUUAAGAAGCAUACGUUAGCAAUUAUUGGUGCCAUUCAACCGCUUGGUGCCGUUAAUCCAAUCUCUGAAAUUCAAUGUCGGUGGACAACAAAAGUUUUUAAAGGGGAGCUUGGCAUGCCAAGUGAAGAAGAAAUGAAAAAAGAUAUUCAAAAAAUAAGGGAAGCAUUAGCUAACAAUUAUGUCAAAAGCAAACGACACGAAACAUUGGUCAACUAUCAACCGUACAUGGAUGAAAUCGCUGAUAUUAUAUCAUGUAAACCAAAAUAUCUAAAAUACUUUAUUACGGAUCCUUACCUUGCAUUCAAGGUAUAUUUCGGACCCGCCGUACCUUCGAUGUACAGAUUGGAAGGCCCUGGAAGAUGGUCGGAAGCAAGAAAGACGAUUAUGACAGUAGAUGAUCGAAUCCUAUUUCCUCUAAAGAAAAGAAUGACAAAAUCAAUAGGAAGCCACACAAAAUUUUACCUGGUUCUGGAUAUUAUUUUGUUUGGGAUUGUGGCAAUGAUUAUCAGUUAUUUGUGGGCAACUUGA